AACGGCUGCGUCAGUGAUACUUUUAUUUUGAAGGUUGUAGCCGGAAGUGUCUUAAAUGUGUAUUUAAACUUUGCGCUUCACUCACGUUGAAUUGAGUUCAUGGAUUGAGUGGAGACUCGGUAAACUUGAGUGGAAACAGGAGGAAUCAGACCACACAGAGAUGUGGUGGGUGCUGUGGGUGCUCGCUGCCUUGCUGGCUCUCUUCUGCUGUCUGGAUGUGUGGUACUUCCUACGGGUAGCUGCUGUGAUUCUCCGGGCCUGGUUCCAGCCUCCAAUCUGGGAUGUCACAGCAGAGCAGACCCUUACAGGCCGGGUCACUCUCCAUGACAUCGACAUGUGCCACAUGAACAAUGCUCGUUACCUCAGAGAGUGUGACUUUGCCCGCUUCUCUCUCUACACACGUAACGGUGUGUUCAAGGCAGUGCGAGCGCUCGGAGCUACAGUGGUAGUGGGUGCCACCACCAUCCGUUACCGCAGGGCUCUGUGUAUAGGUGAGGGGUACGAGCUGCGGAGUCGCAUCGUCACUUGGGAUGACAAAGCCUUUUUCCUGGAGCAGAGAUUUGUGUCAACAAAAGAUGGGUUGGUGUGUGCCGUCAUGUACUGCAAGCAGAGUAUCAUACGCAGCAGCCCAGACAAGAUCAUGCAGCACCUGUGUAAGCGGAAGGUGGAGUGCCCUGAGUUUCCAGAGGACCUUCAGCACUGGGUCAGUUUCAUCUCCGCCAGUAGCCAGGUCCUCAGGGCCGAGAGUGGACUAGACGAGAAGAACAAAUAAGGCAUCGCAUCGGCAGCUAUUAGGACUGGCUUUUUGUAAACCAGCUAAUUUACCAGCUCAGGAUUAAAAAGCUCUCUAGAGACGGUCGUCUUCUGUUCACAACUACUUGCCUUAAACACGCUAGUGCCUACAAUUCUGAAAAUGAGCCCAAUACUUACCUAUGUCAAAGACUGGAAGAAUUAGCACACUACAUUGUUUGUUUGUUUGUUUGUUUGUUUGUUGAGGCUGAAAGCAGAUUACUUACUCAGUAAUAGGAAAGUAAUAUGAUUGUUUAAAGUGUAUCUUCUUGUACUAUGGCAGCAAUAAAAAAACAUCUUUUUUUGA